UGCUUGUGCACCUCCGCCUAGGAGCUGGACCUGCUGAUGGCCGCUUUCGGGGCGCAACGCUGUCCACGGUGCCAGGACAGACAGGAAGCCUGCCUUAGCACCCCCGCAGUGCCGCUGACUGGAAGCCGCCUGAGGGUUGCCAGUCCCCCAAACUGCUGCAAUCUCUUAGAUGGAACGAGGGAAAGAGCCAUGUGUCCCCAAUCUUCAUGCCUCCAUAGACAGGGAGAUCCCAAGACGUGCCCAUCCAGCAGGUGAUGGGAUCAUGAGUGAAAACGAGGAGGAGAAUCCACCUCUUCAGACAGAGGAACUAAGUGUAGCAUUGUCAGAAAAAUCCAAAGGGAAAGAUUCACAGAGCCCUGACUGGGAAGAUGACUGUGAGGAUGAGUGGGGGACAGAAAAUCAGGAGAGAAAUCUUCCAGGAAAGAAAUGGGGUGAAUCUCCUCCCCGAGAGAGAGGUUUCAGGAAACUCAAAGACAUCAUUGCCCAGCAGAGGCCUCACACUGGAGAGAAACCUCAUAAAUGUCCUGACUGUGGGAAGAGCUUUAGUCGGAGAUCAAACCUCAUUCAGCACCAGAGGACCCACACAGGCCAGAGACCUUAUGAGUGCCCUGAGUGUGGAAAAACCUUCAGCCUGCGCUCGACACUUACAAGACAUCAGCGAACCCACCUGCAGGAGAAGCCCUAUAAAUGCACAGAGUGUGGGAAGAGCUUCCGCCAGAGCUCAGACCUGAUCGCUCACCAGCGAGUGCACACAGGAGAGACACCGUACCGGUGUGCUGUGUGCGGGAAGAGCUUUGGGCGGAGCUCCAACCUGAGCCAGCACCAGACCACGCACAUGGGGGAGAGACCCUAUCAAUGUGCUGACUGCCUGAAAAGCUUCCGGAGCAGUUCGGCCCUGGUGCAGCACCAGAGGAGCCACACGGGAGAGAAACCCUAUCAGUGCUCGGAAUGCAGGAGCCGCUUCCUGCAGAGCUCGGACCUGAUCAAACACCAGAGGAUCCACACCGGGGAGAGGCCCUACCAGUGCCCCGCCUGUGGGAAAUGCUUCAGCCAGAGCUCCUCACUCACUGAGCACCAGAGGACCCACACCGGGGAGCGACCCUACCAUUGCACUGAGUGCGGGAAACGUUUCUGCCAGAGCUCCACACUCAUCCAGCACCAGAGGAUCCAUACGGGGGAGAAGCCCUACAGAUGCACUGAGUGUGGAAAGAGCUUCUGCCGGAGCUCCAAUCUGAAUCAGCACCUGACAAUCCACAUGAUAAAGAAACCUCAUCGGUGCACUGACUGUGGGAGGGGCUUCAGUCAGCUCACUAACCUUAUUAUACACCAGAGAAUCCACUCUGGAGAGACACCCUAGGACAGGGGUUCUCAAACUUUUGUAUUGGUGACCCCUUUCACACAGCAAGCAUCUGAGUGCGAACCUCCCCCCCCCCCCAAAUUAAAAACAUUUUUAAAAUAUUUAAUUCUAUUAUAAAUUCUGGAGGUGAAGUGGGGUUUGGGGAUGGAGGGUGACAGCUCAUGACCCCCCAUGUAAUAAUCUCGUGACCCCCUGAGGGGUCACGACCCCCAGUUUGAGAAUCCCUGCCCUCGGAGCUAUGGGGACAGCUUCACGGACCUACCAGCACCAGAAAAUACACUCCACACAGAAAGCUUUGCUGGCUGUCUCCCUCCUGGAUAGUGGCCUACUCCAGGAGGUUCAAUUCAGGGUGGGAUUAGGGAUAUCUUCCUCCACCUUUAAGAGAUUUAUCAACUGGACAAUGUUGCAGAGAAGGAUCUGUUCUGUUUUGUUGCUUUUGCUCCACCUACUGCAGAGUGAAACUGAUCAGGAUCAUGCCAGUUUCAUUCUGCUGCUGGGGAAGCCCUUUGUUGUACAGUUGGGAUCUGAAGAGAGGGGUAGGUGGAGGAAAAUGACAGGGAGGGUCAGAGCCAGACAGAAGUAAGUGGGAAGGUAAUAUUGCUCAGGGCUGUUUCCAGAGACUAUCUUUAUCUACAGCUCCCAUGUAAUAUAUAAUAUACCUUCUAGGGCAGAUGUCGAUAGAUACACACAGCUAGGGUAUAUUGGCUUCACAUGUGCAGAACUACUACAAAGCAGUGACUUACUGUAGCUUUCUCACGCGCUAUGGAGUGGACAUCAACAUACCAAGGUGGUCAAACUGGGUUGGGAGAAAACAGUAUCUAGUGCUUGGAUCCUUCGGGGAGAAGACAAACACUGCAGUGUUCACAUGAAGUACAGGCCACUAGUGAGGUAAUGGGAUUGUGUGAAGUCCAUAAACUGGGGCCACUGUCAGGUAUUUAAUUCUAUACUAGACAUGCGUUCCAUAAAGAGGCCAGAAAGUCCUCAGGUACUCAGCAGAAUAUGAGGAGCUGUUGUGGCCACUGCAUGCGAUCCCAACUCUAAAUACACAGUCUUCCCCCUCUCACACCCAGUCUUCCUGAUAGUAACAAAUAUGCAUUCAGCAAUGCUAAUGAGCAGCAGAGGUGGAUUAAGAUAUAUUGGGGCCUGGGCACAAAGACCGUUUGUCGAACCCCCACCACCAUGGAGCCACGCCCCCUGCUCCUCCCCUUCCCCCCAAGGCCCCACUCCCUGGCCUGGCCAGAAGCCGGGCCAUGGUAAGAGCUGCCCAGGGAGCCUGGGACACUGUGGGGAGCCUGGGGGGAAGGGACAAGGGCUGGGGGCUGAUCUUGGGCACCUCGUGAUCUUGGCCCCCAAGUCAGGUGCAGGGUCCGGGGCUCCCCAGAGCUGCCCAGGCUCCCUGCCCCCAGCCCCAGCUGUCGCUCUGCUCCCAGCUGCACCCCCACUCACAGCCCCUGACUGUGGGCCCCAGCCCAGCUCCUGGCCCUGGCUCCUGGGGGGCAGGAGGGGGCAUAGACCAGGUAAGGGGGCACCUAACUGAAAAAGUUUGGGGAUCCCUGGCCUAGGGUGACCAUACGUCCCCUUUUUGCCCCAGACGUUCUGACGUUUUGGGCAAAACUGGGUAUUUGGCCUAUUUGCUCUUGUCAACUGAUCACCAGCUGGCAAGAGCAAACAGUACAAAUGCUCAGUUUUGCCACAAAGGAGCUUGGGUGUGUGUGUGAAAAGUGGGGCUCAGUGGGGUGAGUGAUGGGGCUUGGCAGGGGUCUGAGCAGUGGGGCCUGGGCCAGCCCUGCAUGGGGGAGGAAGGGAGGAGGGCCAGCUCUGCGUGGAGGGAGAGGGGCUUGGGCGAGCUCCGUGCCAUGCAGGGGUGAGGGAAAGGAAGAAGAGGCUCAGAGCAGUUACAUGCCACAUAGGGGGAUGUCCUCAGGGGCCUUGAUCCAGUGCCGUGCGGCCUUGAUCCAGUGCUGCGCUGCAUGGGGCAGGGACGGGGGC